CCAAUCUUCGUCAGACCUCCUGACACCGUCUUAUUCCAGAGCAUCUGGGACAUUUCUAAUAACGCGCAUCUCACCAAAGUUAUCGUAGAGAGUAUUAGAAAAGGUGACAGGUGACAGAUGGUUUUCAAGUGUCUGCAAAUUUCGUUAAUUUGAUAAAGAUGUCGAAUUUAUCGUAUCUUGAUACGAUUGCAGAAUUGAACGGAUACUUCUUCAGAUUCUUCAAUAAGCAGGAAAUAUGCAACGAUCGUGCACAUCAGCAUUUGAUUCAACAUAUGUUGCGCUUCGUUGAUUUUUGGUACUCGACGAUUCCACGCAACAUUUCGGGAAUAAGGAUUCUUUACAAAAUCAAAAAAAUAUCGACGACGAGUACAAACUAUCGACUGCAAGUCGACCAUGCAUUCACAGAAAGUUUUUAUAGUCGAUCAUGGAAGGGCGUAAGGGAUCUAGGCCAUGGACCAAUCUUAUAUGAUGCUGGCUAACUAAGUGGCUCUUAGUCAGACUUCGAUAUAUUUUCUUCGCAUUUCCUUAAAUUCUCCUAUUACAUGGUGAUGUAAAAUGGAGAGCAAGGUCUUCGAAUGGCCUUCUGUUACGCCGCAGAUCAUUAUGCAUUUCAGCGCGCCGAUAAAUUAUUUCACAUGCGGACUUCAUUGUAGUCACAAUGCACACAAGCGCGAAUAUUGCAUUUUUGCUGAUAACUGGUUUUAUAGCAGUAAAAUCUCGAGAUAUACCGUCAUUUCUGAAGAUAUGUCACCGCAAUGAUCCGAAUCUAAAUGAAUGCGUGAAACGAAGCAUGGACUCGUUAAGACCUUAUUUAAAAACAGGCAUUCCAGCAUUACAAAUACCUCCUUGUGAGCCACUUCGCAUACCACACAUUGAAAUCAGUCAAACAGCUGGUCCAAUUUCCAUGAGAUCGACAUAUACUGAUAUCGAGAUUCAAGGUGGAACAAAUUUUAUCUUAAAAAACGUCAAAGUUGACGUCGAUAGGGAUUGCGUUAGAUUGAAACUGUACCUUCCACGUCUUGAAAUGACCGCGCACUACAACAUGAACGGAAAGAUCUUAUUGUUGCCAAUAAACGGAAAUGGAUUAGCACGUGGUAAUUUCACGGAUAUCGAAGUCAUAGCUACUGUUCAAGGUGAACGUUAUCAAUCUAAGAAAACUGGCGAGAUUCAUUUUCGUGUGAUCGACCUUUACGUGGACUUUGACGUUGGACACGCUAAUAUCUAUUUGGAUAAUUUAUUCAACGGCGAUGGUACUUUAUCCAAUGCUAUGAAUCUUUUCUUAAACGACAAUUGGAAAAUUGUAGCGGCCGAAAUUAAGCCAGCUCUCGAAAAUACCGUUUCAGACAUGUUUAAAACAUUCUCGAAUAAGAUUUACUCAAUGUUUCCAAUGGACACAUUAUUACCACCUUAAAUAUAGUAGUUGUUUUGUGUUUAUUUUUUAUCAAUACAAAAACUUUUAAAUGUAGAUAAACUUUUCUAUAUACAGCACAUAUAUAAACUUGUCAUAAAUAUUCU